CAUACGUGCUGCCAUAGUCCGGUGUCCCGGUGGCAGGCCGCUCCGAGAUAGCUGUACCGCGGAAUCACUUGGGACGACAAGGCGAGCGCCGUCGGUCGGGGCUGCCCAAGAAAUUCGACUUCAUAGCGAGCAACGUUCAAUCGGCCAGUGCGAAUGGCAUUUUGAAAAUCUCUCGUUCAAAGCACACACCUUGCCAUUUCGUUGUGGGAAUGCUCCCUGGCGGGGACUGGCUUAGCGGCUCUCCAAUAAAUACAGGAGUGCGGGGCCGGGCGCGGGUGGGCGUGCCUCCGGGAUGGGGAGCACCCUGUUCCUUGGAGGAGCGUUCUUUCCCCUGCUCGGAAUCUUUCUAGUGUCUCUUCGUUCGCUCGGGCGAUCAAUCUGACAGAAGUGAACUCAUCCCACUCAGUCGGGACGCUCAUCAUGGAUGCUCUCAGGGUCGCUGUUUUUAUCCUCCUGUGUGUUACCUGCCUAUGGGAUUUACCUUGCACCCAGCCCGCCGCCAUCGUUCCAUCUGCCCUCCCGAAACGCAGCAAGAGAAUGAGGAUCUCUAAUGACGGGGGGAGGAUCCCCAGAUUUCUUAAAGAGAUGCUCGAGUCUUCCUCCAGCUCAAGCCAUCCUCAGAAUACUGCAAAGCACGGAGUGGUGCCCCACGAUUACAUGUUGUCGAUUUAUAGGACUUACUCCGCUGCCGAAAAGCUUGGGAUAAACGCAACUUUUUUUCGGUCUUCAAAAUCUGCAAACACCAUCACCAGUUUUGUGGAUAAAGGAGAAGAUGACAUCUCACAGACUGUGCUGCGAAGACAAAGGUAUCUCUUUGACAUCUCGACUCUCUCAAACAAAGAAGAGUUAGUGGGAGCCGAACUGAGGAUAUUCCGGAAAACACCUGGAGAUAUCCCGGCAAGUGCAACAGGCCUGUACAGCAUUCACUUACUCCCCUGUCAUUCUGAACAGCUGCUGGAUUCAAAAGCUCUGGAUCCACAAGAUAUCCUCUCGUCCGCAUGGAAUGUGCUAGACGUGUGGUCGAUAGUUCAGAAGCAGCAUAAAUCCAAAAGUCAGAGCCAAAUAUGUUUGGAGCUGAGGGCUACUUCGGACCAAGUAGGCCGGGAAAUCGACUUGAGGACUCUUGGCUUCAACAGGAAGGACCGCCGGCAGCAGGAGAAAGCCAUACUGGUGGCCUUCACCAAGUCCAAAAAGCGAGAGAACCUCUUUAGUGAAAUGCGCGACAAAAUCAAAGCUUCUCAAAACCUGGAGGAAGAGAUGGGAUUUCAGUUCAAAACCAGGCGCAAGAGACGGACAGCGUUUAACAGCAGGCACGGAAAGCGGCACGGGAAAAAGGGCAAGUCGAGGUGCAGCAAAAAACCCUUGCACGUCAACUUCAAAGAGCUGGGCUGGGAUGACUGGAUCAUAGCCCCCCUAGAUUAUGAAGCGUAUCAUUGCGAGGGUGUGUGUGACUUUCCUUUGCGAUCCCACCUGGAGCCCACAAACCACGCAAUCAUACAAACACUCAUGAACUCCAUGGACCCCAACUCCACGCCACCCAGCUGUUGUGUACCCACUAAGCUGAGCCCAAUCAGUAUACUUUACAUUGACUCAGGGAAUAAUGUCGUUUACAAGCAGUACGAGGAUAUGGUGGUGGAAUCCUGUGGCUGCAGGUAGCACCUUUCACCCCCACAAAAAAAAGAAAGAAAGAAUGUACAAUGGAGGAAAGCAAAGCGAAAAAAAAUAAAAGUGGGGGUCGGUCAACACCAGCAAUGGGACGGCGUUCAGUCCUAAGCUUACAACCUUCUGAAUAGUGACACCACGGGCGCCAGCGAAAGAGCCAAAAGGGAACGUCUUUAAUAUUAUUAAUUUAACUCGCCGAUUAACAGAAAGUAAAAAAAAAAAGUCGAUAUUUAUUUGUGAUAAGCGUAAGCUCAGGCUGAGCUUUUGACUAUGGGGUGAAUUGGAAAGUAACCAAAAAAUCGGACGGAGAAACAAGUGGGAGUUCAGCUCCCAUUGAGAUCAAAUGACCAGAAGCCUUACACCUUCAUGUUAUUUUUAUUUUUAUUUUUUUUAAAGAUAUGGACUUUUCUAACUUUUUUUUUUUUUUUGUGCUUCAAUGCAAUGGUGGCCUGAAACAGAUCUGUCUGGAUAGAAGAGGAUUAGGUUGCUCCAUUCUCCGCUGAUUUUUCGAGACGGCACACAGGAUGCAAUGAGAGGAACCUGUUCAGACUGCAGACUAUUGAAAAAUUAAGUGUGUGGCAUUGGCCGAGGUGGAAGCUAAUAGUCCACAAUCCUUUUCAUGGGCUGGCAUGCGUAGAGUAAUGGACUUGGAUGAGUGGGAGGCAAACCCCUCACCCCCCCACCCAAUAAACGUAUCUGCUGAUCUUAACUGCUUUUCCAAGAUGAAGUUAAUUUAGCAAACAUGAAAAGGAGCUCCAGACUGAGAGGAGAACAGGAGCGGGAGAAUAAGCUCUCCACUGUGACGUUUUUGGAAAAUAACAGGCCAAGCCUAUUUGAUAUAAUAAUAAUAAUAAUAAGAAUAAUAAUAAUAAUUAAUAAUAAUAAUAAUAGCUUUUUUGUGUUAAAUUUUUUUUAAAUUUAAAUCAAAAGCCUUUAAGUCUAUCACAGUCACGAAUGUAUGUCGAGCUUUAUAAGAAUCGGCAUGACAUUAUUUUAACCAUCUCCCAUGCUCCCAUUUUCCCAUCAUUUUCUUUAUUUUUAAAAUAAUAUAUUCACCCGAUCUGCGGAUUUUACCCAGUCCAAGAACUGAAGAAGUCAAAGUGUUCACGUCCCACAAUCUGCCCAAAGCGAGAAGUGCACUUGUGUAUAGCGGCCAACCCUCGGCAAUAAUGAAAGUUAUGGAGAAGAAGAAAGCAACAAAGAUGAAAAAGGACCUGUAAAGUAUAAAAAAUAAAAAAAAUGAUAAAGAGCCUCUGGGCAGAUACUUUAAAAUGCACAUUAGCCUUAAAUGCACUGUUGUUAAUAAUUUAAGCUGUAAAUAUUUGUAUAUUUAAACAGACUUGCAAGAAAAUGGAGAGACGAGCAACUGCAUGUCUUUCUUUGUAAUGUAUAGAUCUUUAUAUGCACUCAGAAUGGUAUUUCUAUUUUAAAACUUUAUUUGAGUUGUACAGGGUUUAACGUCAAUCCUAUAUUUCAUACUUCAGUAAGAUAUUUUAAAUUGUUGAUGAUAUGCAUUCAUUUAUGUACUGAGGGUGAAACAUGUUUUCAUUGUCUACCUCAUAUCCCUGUUUAGUUUCUAUAGAACUUUGAGGUACAGUCAUGUAGAUGGCAAUGUUAUUCUACAGCAUAUAUUUUUCACAUUAUUUCUGUAUUAAUAAAACACACAAAAUGAU